GAUAUAGGUAACAUACAUUGUGAAGUGAUUACCAGGCUGUUUAGUAUCUCUCAAUAUUGUACUGACUCUUAGGUAGCACUGUGGUGACUGCUUUUAUUUUGUUUUUUGGGACAGACAGUGCCUGCCUCUGACUCCCAGAGUGCUGGGAUUUAGGCAUGUGACAUCACCGCCCCGCCUCCACAGCAAGGAUUGUGUAAUACUGAUACAGCACAAUAUGCUCUCAGGGUAAACAUUCACUUUUUCUAGCCCAUAAUAGUAAGUGUGUUAACUGAGGGUAGGAACAACCAUAGGUUUGGCUGUGUCUUGGCAGGCCAUAGCUGACCCCUGAGAGACUUGGUCCCUUUAGUAAGUGCUUUAUCUGAUGGGGCAUAGAGGCCCUGGCUUUUAUCUCUAGCGUUCUUUGAGUUUUGUUUAAUGUUUCAUUUAAACAGAGUCAAGAUGUCUGGGGCUGAAGAAGCAGUCCACGGACGGUGUGACAGCCAUCCUCCGUUGUCUGCUGAGAGGUCUGUGCUGUGCUUUGGACAGAGCCAGUACACAGCGGAGGAGCACCAGGCCAUCCAGAAGGCUCUGAGGCAGAGGCUGGGCCCGGAGUACAUCAGCAGCCGCAUGGCCGGAGGAGGCCAGAAGGUGUGUUAUAUUGAAGGUCAUCGGGUAAUUAAUCUGGCCAAUGAGAUGUUUGGUUACAAUGGCUGGGCACACUCCAUCACCCAACAGAAUGUGGAUUUUGUUGACCUCAAUAAUGGCAAGUUCUACGUGGGAGUCUGUGCAUUCGUAAGGGUACAGUUAAAGGAUGGCUCCUAUCACGAGGAUGUGGGUUACGGCGUUAGUGAGGGCCUCAGGUCGAAGGCCUUGUCGCUGGAGAAGGCCAGGAAGGAGGCUGUGACCGAUGGGCUGAAGCGGGCACUCAGGAGUUUUGGGAAUGCUCUUGGGAAUUGCAUUCUGGACAAAGAGUAUCUGAGGUCACUAAAUAAGCUUCCACGACAGCUUCCUCUUGAAGUGGAUUUAACUAAAACAAAGAGAGAAGAUGUUGAACCAUCUGUGGAACAGGCAAGAUACAACAGCUGCCGACUGAGUGAAGCAUUGGGAGCUUCCAAACUACAAGCAGCAACUUCCCCCUGCAGACCAGGCCAGCCACAGGAUGCGGACAUUAGGCUACAGGGGGCUAAGGACAGCAGCAGUGCCUGCAAUCUGGCCGCCACCGUGGAGAGUGAUGCCACUUACCAGCGGAAGCUCCGGAAGCUCCGGCAGAAGCAGCUGCAGCAGCAGUUCCGGGAACAGAUGGAGAUUCGACAGCAGGGCCAUGCACCUGCCAUAGAGGUGGAAGCUGAGUGUGAGGCAGUGCUUCCAGCCCCUCCUCCAAAACACAGCACCCCCAUAACUGCUGUCUCAGGACACCUCAGGGAGAAAACCAACUUUCCAGAUAACCUUGAAGACAACCUUGAAAUGUGGGACCUGACUCCAGAUUUAGAGGACAUCAUUAAGCCUUCGUCUAGACCAGAACCACUCCAAGCAUCUGCCACCCGAACCCUCAACAACCAGGGGGUGACCCAGGAUUGUGUCCUACACAGCCUUUGCCACCAGAAACCACAAGAAAAACCUGGACCCGAGCACCUGCAGAGCCGUAGCACGAACCAGCAUGUACUAGGUAGCACAGGAAACUCUGAAUCACAUAAGAGGAGCCAGGACCUGAAGAAAAGGAAACUGGAUCCAUCCUGAAGCUCAAGGCAUGACUAGAUUCUGUUGCAGAAGGACUUUGGAAAACUGCAGUUUGGUCACAAAAUUGUUCUGAAGAUUUUAUACCUUGGUUUAUUCUGAACUCGUUAGAGGACUUUAGAGCCCAACUGUAGAGGAAGCUGGCUACUUUAAAGAGGUUGUCAUACCCUGCAACGGGAGGGAGGCCAACAGAUAAAAUGCCUUUCCUCUUUUUCAGUAUGUAUGAUACACUCCUAAGCCACAGUAUUGAGAUUUGAGGUGAUCUUAGUGUAGCCCAUCAAGCCCCAGCUCUUAGUUACCUACAUUAAAUUAUAUGAUCUCAUCUU